AUGGAGCAAGUGGACGCCAAGAUUGCCGAGUCAGAGAAGCGCACGGAGGCCAAGUUUAAAGAGGUGGAGGUGAAGGGGUACAUCGUCGAUUCGAGCAAGCGCAAUGAACAAGCGCUGACCCGGACGGAGGCGAAGACGUGGGUGGAAUCUAUGGUCGCCCAG